AUGUCUCUCACAGAUGCUAUCUAUCACCCACUGAGUCGCGAAACCAAAUCGACCAGGCUUCUGCAAUUUCAACACCAGCAAGAAAACGAAUCCUUGCAAUGUACCCUAACAACCCACUCACUCAACGACGCACCCCCAUUCGUUGCUCUCUCCUAUGUCUGGGGAGCACCUGAACCCGCAUACGACAUAAACAUCAACGGGGCCGUGUUCCAGGUUCGAGAGAACCUAUGGCACGCCCUUCACCAAAUGGCACACAUCGCCAAUCACAAAGACAAUUGCAUCUCCCAACAGAAGAAGUCAGGCACGGUAUUACCCAAAUACUUCUGGGUCGACGCCAUCUGCAUCAACCAAGACGACAACUUGGAGCGCGGCCAUCAAGUCGGCCUGAUGAAGAACAUCUUUUCCGCGGCCCACUUUGUCAUAUCGUGGGUCGGGCAGGAAGAGGGCGAGAUCGCCGUCAUGUUUGAAUACCUACAGGGCCUCAAACACACCGCCCGACGCGAGAGAAACCACUACCUGCGCUCGCAGAAGCGCAAGUUCUCCUUCAAAGAUGCAAAGUGGUUCGUCUCCCGGCCGUACUGGUCGCGGAUAUGGAUCGUGCAGGAGUUCACCUUGGCCAGGGAGCUAUGGGUGCUGUGCGGAUCCGUCGCCAUCUCGUGGACGUCAUUACAGCAGUUUCGGCCGUUUGGCAUAUCCGACCAGACCAAUCUCGGGUUUAAACACCUGUCAAAGUCGGAGAGUCACUACAGCAUCGAGAGUCGCGUCGAAAGCUGCAGAGAAUUGUCCAAGCUCCGGCGGUCGUGGCAGACGGACCCGAAACGACCCUCCUUCACGGACAAGGAACCCGGUUUCGGGGCGCGGCCGCGACUGACUCGCCUCUUGGCCUUUUCUAAAGACUACCACUGUACGGACCCUCGGGACCGGGUGUACGGCCUGUUGGGCUUGACGGAGGAGGAGGGUGUCCAAGACCGAUUGCCGGCCGAUUACGAUAUCACGCCUUUCCAACUUUAUCAUCGAGUGAUUCAUCAUCUCAAAAGUCAGAAGCAGCCUUUCCUCCCGCCUCUGUUUCGUGAUCGGCUGGCUCAGGGACUUCAGAUAUGCGACCAUGAUAGCCUUCCGGCGUCAACGUUUUUGUACGAAACUGUAGCCAGUCGGUGUGUGAAGAGGCUUAUCACGACAGGAGCCGAUAUGUGGAGAGAACAAUUCCUAAAGGAAGUAACAACCUUUUUGGAUAUUACAGAAGAAUAUUCUGAUCCUCACGACUUGUGUUCUAGAAUUCUUUUGGAAUUUGAAAGUUUCCCUUCGAACGAAGAUCCAACCACUUGGAAACAGUUUGAGGGAGCUCUCAAGAAGGCUUUGGGCAUCGCUGACAAGAGAAAAUGA